AUGGACGAAACAGAACGACGAACGGUGAAGCGUUCGCGCUUCGACCAGACAGAGCCGGAACCCAAGAGGACAUCGCGAUUUGACCGUCGCUCUCGAUCACCCCCGUCGCGUCGCUCUGAGCCUGGAAGAGACCGCAGCCCUAUUGCAAAAGAUGCAACUCCGGAGGCAAGAAAAUCUCCAACUGAUGCUGCCGCUGCCGCUGCUGCCGCUGCGGCUCGCAUCAACGCGCAGCUCCAAGCUCGUAAAGGAAUCCAGCACGUCGAUGUACCUCCCAUCAGGUCUGCUGAUACCGAGUCACCACCGCCACGACCAACCUCUACACCGCAAAGCGCAAACAAAACAGCUCCGGCACUCGAUGGCGAGAUGUAUGUUGCAGAUGGCGACUACAUCCAGGAUAUCGAAGUCAACGACCUCAGGAAUCGCUACCUCCUCACCAAGGGGUCCACGCAGAAAAUGAUCAAAGACGAAACCGGCGCUGACAUCACCACACGGGGCAGCUACUAUCCUAACAAGAGUAUGGCAACCGCUGCAAAUCCUCCUUUGUAUCUUCACAUCACGAGCACGAGCAAGUCUGGCUUGGAGUCCGCUGUCGCCAAGAUCAACGAACUUAUCCAACAGGAACUCCCUCAACUUGUCGACGAGAGGCGUUUCCGUCGUCGAGACCAGGAGCAGGUCGAACGUGACGAGUUUGGUCGACGUAAAUGGCCCGAAGAGAAGAUCCCUAUCAGCCUAGAGCCCGUACAUGGGUUCAAUUUGCGUGCGCAGGUCGUUGGCCACGGAGGUGCAUACGUCAAGCACAUCCAGCAAGAGACAACUUGUCGUGUGCAGAUUAAGGGACGAGGUUCUGGAUAUCUCGAGGCAGCCACUAACCAGGAGAGCGAUGAAGACAUGUUCCUCCAUGUGACCGGCCCUGACCCCAACAUGGUUGCGAAAGCCAAGGAGCUUUGCGAGGACCUGAUUGCCAAUGUCAAGGAACAGUACGAAGAGUUCAAGAGUCGUCCACCGCGCUACGGCGGCGACCGAUAUGGAGGAGAUCGAUAUGGCGGUGAUCGCUACAAUGGUGGUGGUGACCGUAACCAUUCCCAUGGUGGCUCACAUGGAGCUUCUCAUGGCUCAUAUGGCGGCUCUGGCUAUGGUGGAUACGGGUCUAACCAGGGUGGUGCUUCAAACAGUCCAGCCGCUGCUGGCGUAAACAGUCCGACCAAUGCUGCUGACUAUGCCGCCCAGUACGCCCAGUACUACGGUGGCGCAGACCCUUACGCAGCCUAUGGUGGUUAUGCUAACUAUGUUGCUAUGUACCAGCAAUACUAUGGAGCUCAGGCUCAAGCACAGGCUCCCGGCGCUCCUGGUGCCACCCCUGGACAGUCAGCUUCACCACCUCCUCCGCCCCCAAGUGAAGCCGCUCCUCCUCCUCCGCCACCGCCUAGCUCGGCACCUCCCCCUCCUCCCCCUUCUGGGUCCCCUCCCGGAACAGGUGGGAGCUACAGUUCGGUUCCCCCUCCACCAGGCCUCUGA